CAAAGAGACGCCAGUAGCUUUAGCUGAGGGACAUUGAAUGACUUUGUACCCGUGUGUUGGGAACGUUCAGAAAGUUGUCUUUUUGACAGGUCGGGAUUCGUAUCGGAGCUAAUGGAGGCGCUUAUACCUGUCAUAAACAAACUGCAGGAUGUUUUCAACACAGUCGGCGCAGAUAUUAUCCAACUGCCGCAGAUAGUUGUUGUUGGAACCCAGAGCAGUGGGAAGAGCUCUGUUUUAGAGAGCCUGGUUGGCAGAGACAUUUUGCCACGCGGCACUGGCAUCGUCACGCGUCGACCCCUCAUCCUGCAGCUCGUACACAUCGACCCAGAUGACAGCAGAAAAGCCAACGAAGAGAACGAAUCCAAGAGAAAUGGGCGCCUUUACAGAGGCAUCGAUGGAGAGGAAUGGGGCAAAUUCUUACACACCAAAAACAAGAUAUACACAGACUUUGAGGAGAUCAGACAAGAAAUCGAAACAGAAACAGAAAGAAUUUCUGGCAAUAACAAGGGUAUUAGUGAUGAACCCAUUCACCUGAAAAUCUUCUCCCCACAUGUUGUGAACCUCACAUUAGUGGACCUUCCUGGCAUUACAAAGGUACCAGUGGGAGACCAGCCCAAAGACAUAGAGAUCCAGAUCAGAGAACUGAUUCUGAAGUACAUCUCCAAUCCCAACUCCAUCAUCCUGGCUGUGACUGCUGCCAACACAGACAUGGCAACCUCAGAGGCACUCAAGGUGGCGCGUGAGGUUGACCUUGAUGGCAGAAGGACACUAGCAGUGGUGACCAAGCUGGAUCUGAUGGAUGCUGGCACAGAUGCCAUGGAUGUCUUGAUGGGCAGAGUCAUUCCUGUCAAACUGGGCAUUAUUGGAGUAGUUAACAGGAGUCAGUUGGAUAUCAAUCAAAAGAAAUCAGUAGCAGAUUCUAUCCGUGAUGAAUAUGCCUUCCUACAGAAGAGGUACCCCUCCCUCGCAAACAGAAAUGGAACCAAAUAUCUGGCUAGAACUCUGAACAGGUUACUGAUGCACCACAUCAGAGACUGUCUUCCUGAGCUGAAGACGAGGAUCAAUGUGCUGGCAGCACAGUACCAGUCUUUACUCAACAGCUAUGGUGAACCUGUUGACGACAAGAGCGCCACGUUGCUGCAGCUCAUCACCAAGUUUGCUGCAGAGUACUGCAACACCAUAGAGGGCACGGCCAAAUACAUCGAGACAGCUGAACUAUGUGGUGGAGCAAGAAUCUGCUAUAUAUUCCAUGAAACGUUUGGUCGCACUUUAGAAUCAGUCGAUCCUCUGGGUGGCCUGACAACCAUCGAUGUGCUCACGGCAAUCAGAAAUGCAACAGGCCCGAGGCCUGCUUUAUUUGUGCCUGAGGUUUCAUUUGAGUUGUUGGUGAAGCGGCAGAUCAAACGUCUGGAGGAGCCCAGUCUGCGCUGUGUGGAGCUGGUUCAUGAGGAGAUGCAGAGGAUCAUCCAACACUGCAGUAACUAUAGCACGCAGGAGUUGUUGAGGUUUCCAAAACUCCAUGAUGCCAUAGUCGAAGUUGUCACCUCCCUUCUCAGAAAAAGACUCCCAGUCACAAAUGAAAUGGUUCAUAAUCUGGUUGCCAUUGAGCUGGCCUAUAUCAACACGAAACACCCCGACUUUGCUGAUGCCUGUGGCCUCAUGAACAACAACAUAGAAGAGCAAAGACGCAAUAGAAUGAGAGACUUGCCCCCUGCUGUUCCCAGAGACAAGUCCCUUAAAGGCCCAGGUGGCCAGUCUCUCUCGCCCACUGAGCCUCCUGCCUUUGAGGGCGAGGUCCCCAAGGCAGCAGCCAGCGGCCCUCAGAGCGUUCCUGUCGGUGAGCAGGUAGACAACGCAACAGGCGGCUGGAGAGGCAUGUUGAGGAGGGGAGAAGAAAGUGUAGCUGGUGACAGAGCCAUGCUGCAGGCCCCUGCAAGCCCCCAGAAGGGCCACGCUGUCAACCUGUUGGAUGUGCCUGUUCCGGUGUCCAGGAAGUUGUCUGCUCGGGAGCAGAGGGACUGUGAGGUCAUUGAGAGACUCAUCAAGUCAUAUUUCCUUAUUGUUCGAAAAAACAUCCAAGACAGUGUACCGAAAGCAGUGAUGCAUUUCCUGGUGAACCACGUGAAGGACUCCCUGCAGAGUGAGCUGGUGGGUCAGUUAUACAAGACAGUUCUGCUGAAUGACCUACUGACAGAGUCCGAGGACAUGGCUCAGAGACGCAACGAAGCUGCUGACAUGCUCAAGGCGCUGCAGAAAGCCAGCCAAGUGAUAGCAGAGAUCAGAGAAACCCACCUGUGGUGAGGGUGGUCUCUCUUCAGUUUUCCUCGUCCCUCUUGGAUUGUCCUCCUCUUGAACCAUCCAAGCCCCAAGCCCCCCUCCUCUGCCGAGACAAACAACCUGAAAAUGCACUGGUGUCGAUAUGUGUAUAUCGAAACGUAGUUUUAAUGUACAGCAAAGACUUGGAUUUGAUGAUGGACAGUAUAUUUCAGUCCUUACCAUCAGUGUCACACAUGCUCCUGUCAUAUAAUAUUUUUCUUAAUGUAAUUAAAACAGUAAAUAUACAGAUAAUGUUAUGCAUCACCACUAUGUGGAGCCUUUGCUGAGGAAUGUCUGCUCUUAUUGUAGAUCCGAAUUAAAAGUAGAAAUGAUGAACCCUGUUACAUCAUGUAGAUUGUCUCUUCAUUAGAUGAUGGCAACAAUAAUGUCUGCUGCUAAUUUUUCCAAAGAAAUGCAGUUAAUUUAGAUCUUUUUAUUGUAAAAUAGCCAUUUUUACAUAUUUUUGGUUUACCAUUAAUAUAGUAUUAUUUUUAUAUAGACACAAGACAGUGCUAAACCAGACAGGUGUUGCUGUUCAGCUUGAAUUUUUGUAUAAAGGAGUUAUUGUAUUGUUUGUUGGGCAGAUUUACACAGAUAGUUUGCAGAAAGGCAACAGAGUGGGUGUAAUGACUUAUUUAUUGUUUUGAUAUCAUGAUAAUUGACAUGUAACCCAACACAACAGAAGAAUGAAUACAUGCAUGAUAGACAAGUGGGGCCUUCACUGGUGUCACGAUUCCCUUCAACCCAGUCCAGCAGCAGAUUUACCUCAGCCGGCCGCCCAUCUUGCCCUUGCCACGACCUUUGGCGCUAAAGAGUUCAGGAAAAGCACAGCAAACAGUGAGUUUAGGUCAAAUGGACGUCAUUCAGGAGCAGCAAUUAGCAAUUCAACCAACAGGGUGCACUUUGGCUUGUACUGUACUGAUUAAAAGCAUUUGAGGCAAGAUGAUCUAGAAGUAAUCAAACCAAUAACUUUUAAGUGCUAAGAGUUCACUCCAAAGAUUUGGGGCUUAUGCUAUGUUUCCUCUUCUUAGACUUAAUGUCAUUAUUAUCAAUAAGGUUGAAGUUCGAAUUACAAGAAUCAAGAAUCUUGUUCAUUCCCACAGAUAAGUCUAAUGCAUUUUUGCAGCAUGUUGUUUUGUUAAUGCUGUGCAAACAUUUUAGAUCGCAAUUUAUCACUCAUGUUCCAAUUCACUCUUUAUAACGUACAAAAUUACCGUGUACAACGGCUUAGGUGCGGACAUACACUGCAAAUUUUACAAGAGCAUUUAAUGAUUAAGAUGGAGGUAGAGAACAGCUGAACCGAGAGGGCUGUGGCUCAUUUACAGUUUGUUUUAGCAUUAAGAGAAUGUAUUUAAAUAAACAAUUUCACUCUG